AUGGCGCGUAACGCAAACGAAUCGGGGAUUGGUGACGACAACAGCUUUAAUUUCAGCUGGAAGAUGUUCACCAGCUGGGACUACCUGAUCGGAAACCCUGAGACCGCCGACAACAAGUACGCCUCCAUCACCACCAGCUUCAAGGAGGCGAUCUUAGAGGAGCAGGAGAGCCGGAAGGACGACAACAUCCACCUGACCCGCUUCCUCCGCGUGCUGGCCAACUUCCUGGUCCUGUGCUGCCUGGCAGGAAGUGGAUACCUCAUCUACUUCGUAGUGCGUCGCUCGCAGAAGUUCGCCCUCGAAGGACUGGAGACUCACACCUGGUGGGAAAGGAAUGAGAGGGAAGAGGAGAAGAUCAUAAAGUUUAAUAUUACCACAUGGGAAGCCAGUCUUUACAAUGCAACAGGAUCAGACAACAGCACAGCCCCCCCCAUCCCUUUCCACCCGGCUGAUGUUCCCAGAGGGCCGUGCUGGGAGACCAUGGUGGGCCAGGAGUUUGUCCGGCUGAUCAUUUCCGACACCAUGACGACGUACAUCACGCUGCUGAUCGGCGACUUCCUGCGAGCCGUGCUCGUUCGUUUCCUCAACUACUGCUGGUGCUGGGACCUGGAGGCCGGGUUUCCGUCGUACUCGGAGUUUGACGUCAGCGGGAACGUUUUGGGUCUGAUCUUCAACCAAGGAAUGAUAUGGAUGGGGGCCUUCUACGCGCCCUGCCUGCCGGCGCUGAACAUCCUGCGGCUCCACGUGUCCAUGUACCUGCAGUGCUGGGCCGUGAUGUGCUGCAACGUGCCGCAGGAACGCGUCUUCAAGGCGUCCGGCUCCAACAACUUCUACAUGGCCAUGCUGCUGGUCAUCCUGUUCCUCUCCACGCUGCCCGCCAUCUACACCAUCGUCACCAUCCCGCCCUCCUUCGACUGCGGACCCUUCAGUGGGAAGAACCGUAUGUUCGAUGUGAUCCAGGAGACCCUUGAGUCGGACUUCCCUGCCUGGUUUAGUAAAGUCUUCAGCUAUGCCUCUAACCCCGGGCUGGUGCUACCCUUCAUAUUGCUCAUGGUACUGGCCAUUUAUUACUUGCAAUCCACAUCCAAAAGCUACAAAGAAGCUAACGUGGACCUGAAGAAAAAACUACAGACGCAAAACGAGGAGAACAAGAGGAAGAACAAGAUGGCGGCGCUGAAGGCCCAGACGGACGUGGAGGAGGCCCGGGAGACCGAGAGACAGAAGAACGCGUCCUUACAACGCCGACAGG